AUGGCCGUGGAAACAGACGUCGUCCUGGCCCUCUCGGUCCUUGAGGCCGUCGAGGAGGCGAAUCGCUGGCGCCUGGCAUCGGCUCUCUUCACGCACCUGGCCAAGGAGGUGCGCAGCAACGAGUUCCUCUUCAGCUCCGUGCUGUCGGCCCACGGCAAGGUGGGGCUUUGGCAGCCGGCGUUGGCAAUUCGAGAGGCCUGGUGCCACGUUGAGGCCAAGACCCAGGUGAUACUGCAGAAUGCUGCCCUCAGUGCCUCUGCGGGGAGCUUCUGCUGGGGACGCGCUGCGCGGCUCUUUGCCGGCGCAGUCGCAGCCGGGGCGGAGGCCACGUCAGUGACCUUCGGCGCCCUCGCCGACGCCUUCGCCCAGGGCAGGUCCUGGCGCGAGGCAGUGGCAUGGCUUGGGCAAUUCCAAGAACGUUCGAUGCAGCCGGAAAGCAUCGCCAGCUGCUCCACCCUGCAUGCGCUGGAGCUGUGCAACCGGUGGCCUGAAUCUUUGCAACUGUUGUCCUUCCUGAAGCGGAGCCUUGGGUGCGACCAGUCGGCCUACGACUCUGCGAUUGUCGCCUGCGAGAAGGGUGAGCUUUCAAGCGGAGCUUGA